AUGGUUCAGACUGACGUGCUAAACGGUGUUUUCACUCCAGUGGUCAAAGACUCUAUUGCCCGUAUUGUACACUACCUCCGCAAGAGGCUGGUGGGCAAGACCAUCGCCAAUGCUGCGGCCAUAGAUGAUAGCAGCGUAUUUGGCAAGGUCGGAACCAGUGGAAAGGAGGUUGAGGAAGCUCUGAAAGGCAGAACGGUUGUCUCCGCCGGCUCUCAAGGAAAAUAUUUCUGGAUAACGUUAGACAAGCCACCGCAUCUGGUAAUGCAUUUUGGCAUGACGGGCUGGGUACACAUAAAUGGCGAGAAGACGGCUUAUACAAACUACUACAAGAAAAUGAAGGAGAGUGACAUUGCUCAAUGGCCCCCCAAGUUUUGGAAGUUCCACCUCAGCACAGAUGACAAGGAGCCCGUCGAAGUCGCAUUCACCGAUGCCCGGAGGUUUGGACGCGUGCGUCUUGUCAACUGUCCUGGCGAAUCCAUUCGAAAGCAUUCGCCCCUUGUGGAGAACGGACCUGAUCCCGUUGUCGACAAGGACAUCUUCACAGAGGAAUAUCUGCGCGGCAAGAUGAAGUCCCGGCACGUCCCCAUCAAGGCCCUGCUGCUGGACCAAGCCAUGAUCAGCGGUAUCGGCAACUGGGUCGCUGAUGAGACCCUCUACCAAGCCAAACUCCACCCGGAGCAAUACUCCGAUACAUUUGAUGAAAAGGAAAUCGCAAAGCUGCACGAAUCCAUCCGUUAUGUCUGCCAACUGGCCGUGGACAAACUGGGCGACUCGGAUGAGUUUCCCGAUCACUGGCUCUUCAACUACCGAUGGGGCAAGGGCGACAAAGAUGCAGCGACUAAGCUCCCCAACGGAGAAAAGCUCGCCUUCAUCACUGUCGGCGGACGGACGAGCUGCUACGCACCAGGCGUGCAGAAGAAAACCGGUGCCGUUGUUGCCAGCGCAAAGACGGAGCCCGUGAAGAGCGAAUCAGGGAAGAGCAAGCCCGCAAAGGGUAAGGCAGCGAAGAGCAAACUAAAGGAAGAAGAAGAUGAUGAAGACGAGGUGGCCGAAGAGAAGAAACCAAAACGAUCACGAAAGCAGGCGGCGGUAGUCAAGGAAGAGUCUGAAGAGGCUGAUGAUGCGGCCCCCCCUGCCAAGAAGAGACGGGGCAAGGCAGCGCCGGCGGCGAGCAAAUCGGAGCCUGCUCCUGUUAAAAAGGAAGUGGUGGAGGAAGACCAGGGUCGUCGCCGGUCUAGUCGCCUGAGGAAGUAG